CAUUUAGGUUUCUUCUCUCAGUUGCAGCAAAUCUCUGAGAUAGCUUUCGAUCUUCUUCUCAAUCUCAUCGUCUCGACCGAUCGAAAAAAAGAGAGCAAAUGGCAUCGAGCGCGGCGGUUCCGUUCUGGAGAGCAGCGGGGAUGACGUAUAUAACGUACUCAAACAUCUGCGCGAAUCUGGUGAGGAAAUGUCUAAGGGAACCUUUCAAGGCGGAAUCAAUGAAUCGCGAGAAGGUUCACUUCUCCCUCUCCAAAUGGGCUGACGGAAAGCCUGAGAAACCAGUUUUGCGGUCAGAUGCACCUGAAGUUUGAGACUUUGAAUCAAGAUAUGGUUUCCAAGUUUUAUGAUGUGUUGCUUCUCGUGAUGGAUGAGUAACUCAUGUUUUGUUUCCUUUGUCUGUAACGAAAGAUACUUUCCAAUCAAUAAUGAUGAACAUGAUGGGGGUUCUGUUUU